AUGGCUCAGGCCUUGGCUCAAGGGUGCCAUGUAGUUCGUCCACGGACGGCUGGCGCGCGGGUGCCAAUGUUCGGACUUUCACCCAGACGCCGCCUGACUGUGGUGUGGGUAUCACGUUUGAUAUUUGGGGCGUAUGGUAGCACGGCUGCUGGGGAUGCCCCCGCAGAUGCGGUAUUCGCCCCGACGUCUAUGUCAGUUGUCCCGUCUCACCUGAGCAAUUUCCAGCUGCAGGCCGAGCUGGGCAUAAGCGCCUUUGCCCCGGACUCGACGAGCCAAUCGAGGGUGGCCGACUCGUUCGGCAGCCAUCUUCCUACCUUUGAGAAGGUGCUGGCAUCCUCAUACGGAUACUCCAUGGUCCGUGUGACCGGCAUUUCGCUGACGGCCGAGCACAUUUGCGCUAGGUUCGAAGAAGCAAAACCGUCAUAA